AUGACGUGGAGUUCUACUACACCCUUGGCAAAGGUAGCCAAGCUGAAGAAAGCGCACAAGAAGAGCUGCAAGAUCACCGCCGGCAUCCGUGGUGCGGCCAAGGCUAAGGGUGCACCCAAGGCCCUGAAGAAGCAAGCCAGGAACCUGACCAAGAAACUAAAGGCGGUCCACAAGAAGGGCGCAGCGGCUCAGAGGGCCAUCAAGUCCGCGACCGGAAAGGCCGCCAAGGCCAAGCAGAUCAAGGCAUUCGGGAAGAUCGUGAAGAAGGAGAGGAAGCUCGAUAAGAGUGCGCUGAAGGUCAUCAAGAAGGUGCAGGCGUCGAAGGAGAAGAAGGCUCAGAGGAAGCCGAGGAAGGGAACAAAGAAGGGAAAGAAAAAGACCGCUGGAAGGAGGAAGACUUCUGGAAAGAGAACGUCCAAGAGCAAGAGCAAGAGAAAGACCAAGAGGAAGAGCAGCAAGAAGAGGUGCAAGAAGUACCGCGGCGUCUGCCGAAAGUAUAGGACCGUGAAGGGAAAGCGGCAAUGCAUCAAGAGGGGAGAGAGCGUCGAUCAGACGGUCUGGGAGAGCCCCGCCGAGAAGAAGAAGAAGGGGGUCAAGAUAGGAGAUGACUUUACGACGCAAGUCUUCAAAGGAUGCGCCGACACUCUGGUCGCAAUCCUAGUUUACGUCAUCAUCAUACACAUCGCAAAGUACUACAAUACGGCACACGUCAUACAUUAUGAUCGCCUCUUCACCUUCACGCUCGUGUUCUCUUUCGUUUCCGUAGUGCUUCGAAUGAUCAAGAAACCCUUGGGAAAUCUUUUCGUAAACUCCCUGUUCUUUUCCUUAGGAGGUCUGUUCAUCAGGGACGUGCUCGGCCAGAGCUGA